AUUAGAUGCACUAACACCAGUUAUCGUUACGGACACUGCAUACACACCAAGAACGGUGCAGAUCAGCGCGUAUAUUGAGUGCAAUCGGAUGACAAUAUGAGUUAUGCCAGUAGCGUUUGUUCCUUCGGUGGCUUUGCUUUGAGUGUUAUUGACGACAGCAGGAAUAAGAAGUUUUGUCCUGUUUAAACAUGAAGAUUGCUGUGCUUGGCGCGACGGGUCAAACUGGGCAGCAGCUGGUAAAUCAAGCUCUUCAGCAAGGACACACUGUCACAGCUAUCGUCAGAAACCCUGGAAAACUCACUGUAACACAUGAGUGCCUCAAGGUGGUUGAAGGAGACAUUUUCUCAGAAGAAAGCCUGAAACCGCACUUCAAAGGUCAGGAUGCUGUGAUGUCCUGUCUUGGCUUUCCUAUCUCGUUUUUUUAUGGAGUCACUGGCUAUACCCAGUCUAUGACGGCAGCAAUAAAUGCAAUGCGCGAUGCCAAAGUCAAUCGAAUCAUCACCAUGACAUCAUGGUACACUGACCCUAAUUCAGGCACCAAUUCUUCCUUUCUUAUCCGCUUCAUGUUGCUUCCGAUGAUCAGAAGUGUUCUAAACAACAUGUAUGAAAUGGAAAAUGUUCUUAAGCAAACUGAGGACAUCAACUGGACUGUUGUCCGGCCCCCUGGUCUCAAGAAUACACCAACUACAGCCAAUGAGUUCCUAACUCAUGAAGGUUAUUAUGUCCCGGAUGAAAAUGGUCUUCCAAUUGGCCAGUCUGUGUCAAGAGGAGAUGUGGCUCGUUUCAUGCUCUCUCUACUAAACAACAAUGCUUGGAUGAAGAAAACUGUCGCUAUCAUCACCAAAUGAAUUUGCACUACACUAUAUCAUUACAUUUAUAAUACUUCCCAAAGAGCUCCCAUUUAUUUAAAUGGGUAAAACCUGUGCAUUUUAUACUUAUUCAGCUGCUCUGGCUUUGUUUCACAAAUAACUGCAAAAAGUCAAGGUGUUUCAGACUAGCUAGUAAUAUCCUCUUUGUAAAAUUUUUACAUUUAGUAAAAAUGUGCCUUUUUUAUCACUUGCUUGCAGAAUGAAGUGUACAUAUUUAACAAAGAGGAAUAACAUUAUGCUGUAUUUUAUAAUGAUCAAAUAUAGCUAAUCAGAUGACCAAUAAAUAAAUAAAGUGAAUGGAGUCUGUAAACAGAAAAUAGAACGUUUGCUCUUGACUACACACAAGUUUACCACUGUUGAUUUGAGUUGUAAUUGGAAUUUUGAAUCUACAAAAUUACAGGCCAAAUAAAUUGUCUACAGAAUAUACAAUUUUUUGAAUAGGAUUUGAGUGAUUUUGUUAUAUAUUCAUAACCAAGAGAAGUUGACAGAAUUGCAAUUUGUGUAAUUCUGACUAAAUAACUAAUGGCAAUAAAUCUACUGAGGAGGACUUAUGUAGUUCCUCGUACUAGCCAGUAGAUGAUGACUUGUCUUAACAUUUUGAUGUACAUGUGGCUUAGUAAAGGCUCGUUCACCCAAAAAUUACAAUUCUCUAAUCAUUAACUAACCCUCAUGCCAUCCCAGAAGUGUAUGACUUUUUUUCUUCAGUAGAACACAAAUUAAGAUUUUAAGAAGAACAUCUCAGCUCUGUAGGUCCAUACAAUGCAAGUGAAUGGAGGCCAGGCCUUUAAAGCUCCAAACAGCAGAUAAAGUCACUAUAAAAGUAAUCCGUACAACUUCAUCCGGGACAUAAUAA